AAUCAAACAGGCAUAAAAAUCAUGGUAACAAUGGAGACCUUAAGUUUACUCGUAAAGCAAUGACAUAAAUUGUCGACCAAUGCUCAGCUCUUUUUCUUACUACCGUGGAAGCAAGGAAAUUAUGUAGUGGGGAGGUCGUUUGGCUGAAGCCGGAUUAGAUGUCUUUACGUGACGUUGAUUUUGAUGGAAUCUGUCAUCACAACAAUUGGCUUCCUGAAGGAAGCUCCAGCCGUAAAUGUACAUGGUUUUAAUGUCUACCACAAGAAUAGACUGAUACUGCGAAACCUAUUUUGUUUCUCUCACUGCAGCCAUUUUGGCAUGUUGUAUGCUAUGCUAGAAACAGAGGCAGAGGAGUUGUUGGGAUUUUGGAAGCAAACUUUAUUAAGCCUACUCACAACAAACAGGACUUUGAGAAAACACCAGUUUUCGAGAAGCUUGAAGCCCGUCUGAAAGAUAUGACAGUAGAAUACUGGGAUUACCAUUGUGGACUCAUUGGCUAUAAAGUUUUGAAAGUUCCUCGACCAAUGACACAUCAAGUGACACCUAGUCCUGAUUCAGAUCGUGGACCUGGUAUAUAUCAACCUGUGGUGCUGACUAGAGACUCCUUACCGUCCUUCCAUCAAAAUGCAGAGGGAGGAACUCUCAGAAGGAAAAGAAACGAGCAAGUUGUGGAGCCUGGAAGGGUAAAUAGGAUGGGAGGUACAGGGGUGAGACCUGUUGACAGUGCUCUUGGCGGAGAUGUACUACAGCAUGCUAUUAAUCCUGCCAGAGCGGUUCCAGUAGCUGAUGCUGCUGUUAAGAUAAUUCAAGAUAACCAAAAACUCCACGCUCAAUUCAAGAUAUUUGAGGAGACUGACAAAGAGCUCAAUCUCAAGAUUACAAAACUCACGGAAGAAAUACAAAAAGAGCGUCAUGAGUACGCUCGCUUGCUGCUAGAAACGAAAAUGUUGGAGAAAGUGAAAAGGGAAAGGGCAAUUAGGGAAAUGAGACAUUCCUGAUCAUUCUGCUGAUAUUUUUGGUAAGAUGGGCAUAUUUCAAGCUGUUGAGACGGCUAUUCUCUCCAAGCGAUGGAAAAAGCUGUGGUGUGCCCUCCCCGCCCUCCGCUUCCACUUCAGCCUCCCCAUACACAGCUACCUCUCCCCCCUAUGAACACAAUAGAUCCCAACUCCUCUCUCACUGCCAACGUGUCUCCCAAUUUCUCUCUCACCGCCAUGCCUCAGCCGCUGUCCACGCCUUCCACAUCUCAUUCGGCAGCAAUACUCUCCUAGGCGGCGGAGUUGACAGGUCAUUCGUGGAGGAUUGCGCCCUCUACGCCAUCAAUCACGGCGUCCAAUCCCUCCACCUCCACCGUCACGACUUAAGACAAACGUGGCUACCCGCAGCGAUCUCUGCCUGCAAAACGCUCAAGGAGCUCGACCUCACAGAAUUCUUUGUCAACAGCGUCCAAUACCACAAUCAGAGAAUUGUAUUUUUUUUUUGUUUAUUUUUUGGAUUUGACUUGAUUUCAUUUGUUUUGUCUUAUGUUUAGUAUUUAUUUUCAUAGAUUAUUAAUGUUUGAUUUGAGAGCAUAUCAUUUUCAUUCUUCUCUCUCUUAAUUUUUUUUGACCGAUGGUGAUGGAAGGACGUCACCUAAUUUGUAAUUUUUUUUGACCGAUGGUGAUGGAAGGACGUCACCUAAUUUGCAAUUUGAUAGGAACUUUGUAUC